UUAUACACCCUUACAAUGAUACCUUAUUUGUUGAAUGUUUGCGCAUUGUUAUUACUAACUGUUUUGCAGGGUUUGGAUGCAGACAUAUUUGGGGAGCUCCUGAGUUACAUCUACUCGGGAACUCUCCAUGUGUCCCUGGACAAAGUGCAGCACCUGUACCAGGCAGCCGACCUCCUCCAACUGGACUAUGUGAGAGACACCUGCAUCAGCUAUAUGGCCAUGAAUUUGGAGCGCUCCACCUGUGUGGACAUGUACAAGUUUGCUGAUGUUUUUUCUGUAGAUAUUCUCCUGAGGCGUUGUGUGGAGUGGAUCGAUAUAAACUUUACUGAGUUUUCCUUCAGUGAGGAGUUUUGCAGCUUGAGUGUGAAUCAACUGACUGAGAUCAUCAGCCACGAUGAGCUGGAUGUUAAAGAGGAGACAACAGUGUGGGAGGCUGUGGUGAGAUGGGUGCAGCACAGCAAGGAGGAUAGACUGCCCCACCUACCCAGCAUCCUCCCUCACAUCCGCUUCGGCCAACUGACCUCAGAUGACACGGCAGCCAUCUUGGAACAUUCGCUGAUCAGGGAGGAUCCUGGGAGUUUUGAGGUCAUCAAGAAUUUUGUAGAGAAAGGAAACAAUGACCUGAAACCUAGACUUGGGAGGACUACAGAAAUGGUUCUGCUGUCUGAUUUUAAUUCCGGUGAUCUCCUCUUCAUGAACCCUCUGGAAGGGAAGUACAUCACCUGCAGUUACAAUCGUAAAGACCGUCCUGGAGCCAUGGAUUUGACAGUCACCAGUGAUAACAACAUCUACAUCCUGACUCGUGAUCGAGAGAGUAACGAUCGGUCUGUGUUUAAAUACAACCAUGCGGAGAAUGUGUGGAAAAAUGCUGGUAUGUCUUCAAUAUCUAAGUCGCUGCGACCGGAACACCAUUUGAAUUGCCUAAAUGAGCACCUCGUUGAAGUUGAUCAAACUUUAUACUACCUUGCUGAAAAUACAGAAGGUGUGGUGUGGAUGAGAAAGUACAACCGGCACACAGAUCAGUGGCAGGAGUGUUCACAGCCACAAUUUGACAAUAUUACAUACAACUACAGUGCCGCAUUGCCCUGCAGUCCACACAUCUAUUUCCUCACAACCUCGGAAGUGCAUCGCUACGACCCGAGACAGGACCGUUGGUGCAAGCAGAGCCCAUCACCAGAACUCAACCUUGAAAUCGAAACAGCCGUUGUCAUGGGAACAGAGAUUUUCUGCACCGAUUUUGACUUCAGUCAGACCAUGGUGUACGACACGGAAUCAGACUGCUGGCAGGAACUGCAAGGCUGGCCGAACCCAGGAAACCGUAAAACUAGUAGUAUUCCCAGUCUUUUCGUCUUGAACAACCAGCUGCACAUAUGGUUCAUCUGUUGCUAUGAUCAUAAUGAGGAUGAAGAAGAACACGUAGUAUAUGUGUAUGACAAGUCUGCUGAUGUCUGGAGAGACUUGAAUGCCACUUUGCCUAAUAAGGAAUAUUUCCGGUAUGGUCGCCUGUGCCCUGCGCGUAUAUACCUACCGUAUCUUAAAGUACAGGAUAAGGAGAUCUAGAAUGUAACAAUCUUACAGGGCAGGAUUGUUUAAUGAUAUUUGUGUUAAAAUUUGGCUUCUGACUCUGAGGAGAACCCAAAAGUGGGAUAGAUAUUUUGGAACAUUUGUAACAAGUUGCAUUUUGACGGAAACCCAUUCACAAAGUGCCGUAGCCAAAUGGCCUGAAAGCAGAAAUCGGCGCCGCCAUAUGUACCAUGUACAUUGCUAGGAGAAUGUUAACUUUUCGGGUUCUUUUUUAAGAUACUCAGCUUCUCAUGACUGACUUGAUGUGUCUUCCACGCAUUAAAAAAGUUGUAAUUGCUAGAUACACCAUUUAUAAAAGUGUCGUAACAAUUGUACUUAUAUUAAUUUUCAUGUUCAUUUUCAUGUCCUAUAAAAGUUUUUUUUUUCUGUAUUUGAUUUUGUACUUUUUUUCACACUUUGUGUGAUAGCCUGACGAGGUUUUGUAUGUUAGUCUAAGUUUUGUAUAUUUAGACUAAGUUUUGAAUGUUAGCCUGACUAAGUUUUGUAUACGUAUGUUACCCUGACUAAGAUUUGUAUGUUACCCUAAGUUUUUUUAUGGUAGCCUGACUAAGAUUUGUAUGUUACCCUGACUAAGUUUUGGAUGUUAGCCUGACUAAGUUUUGGAUGUGAGCCUCAUUAAGCCUUGUAUGUUAGCCUAUUUUUUUCAUGUGAGCCUAAUUUUUUUAUUCUAGCAACCCUUUUAAGCCAGGCCUCUCGUUGUAGGUCUCCACGGAGCCCAGGACAGUGAGAGUUUAUGUUGAACAGAGUCUGACUAUUGAUGUGAAUUGUUUUAAGCUUUUGCAGAAAAAGAUACUUGGAAAUUUACACUCAUUCAUAUGGAUUACACCAGUUGACGUUUGCAUAUACUAUGAAUAACCUGUUGUAUAAUUUUGUGUUAUGUUUCUUUACACUUAGUUAUUCUUCAGAAGCCAGUUACGGUGUUACGCAUGUCCAUGAGAUUAGAACAACUUUAUAUACCUGCACUUCCUUUGACAAUAUAUAUGUAUAUCUU